GCAGAGCAUAGAAUGCAGAGAGAAAAGAUAAGCCAUUAACAGUCGGAAACAUGGAAGCCACAAUAACAAACCCCAAAUUCACAACCUUUCACUCUCUCUCCUCCAACCUUUCGCCACCAUUUUCUCUGAGAUUUUCCCUUACUUUCGCGGAAAAUACUAGAAAGAAUUCCACCUCUCUUAGGCAAACUUCCUCAUUCUCUCACAUUCCUUUAAGAGUAUCUGCAAAUUCCCAAGCAGCACCUGCUUCAGCCCAAGCAACCAAAGUUUCCUUUGUACCUUCUGAAAUGAAGGCCUGGGUAUAUGGAGAAUAUGGAGGUGUUGAUGUUUUGAAGUUUGAUGAUAAAGUUUCGGUGCCUGAAGUGAAAGACGAUCAGGUUUUGAUCAAGGUUGCUGCUGCUGCUCUUAACCCAGUUGAUUUCAAGAGAAGACAGGGCAAGUUCAAGGCCACUGAUUCUCUUCUUCCGACUGUUCCAGGAUAUGAUGUUGCUGGGGUGGUGGUAAAAGUUGGCAGUCAAGUGAAGGGACUAAAAGAGGGUGAUGAAGUAUAUGGUGACAUACAUGAGAAAGCACUGGAAGGGCCUAAACAAUUUGGCUCAUUGGCUGAAUAUACUGCUGUUGAAGAGAAGCUAUUGGCCUUGAAACCCAAAAAUCUGGAUUUUGCACAGGCUGCUUCACUUCCUCUUGCUAUUGAGACAGCAUAUGAGGGUCUUGAGAAAACUGGUUUUUCUGCUGGUAAAUCUAUUCUCGUUUUGAACGGUUCUGGUGGUGUUGGAAGCCUAGUUAUUCAGCUCGCAAAACAUGUAUUCGGUGCUUCUAGAAUUGCAGCUACUUCAAGCACUAGAAAUUUGGAACUGUUAAAGAGUCUGGGUGCUGAUUUGGCUAUUGACUACACUAAGGAGAACUUCGAAGAUUUGCCAGAAAAGUUCGAUGUAGUCUAUGAUGCUAUUGGUCAAUGUGAUAGAGCAGUGAAGGCUAUCAAAGAAGGGGGCAGCGUAGUGGCCUUAACUGGUGCAGUCACACCACCUGGUUUCAGAUUUGUGGUCACUUCCAAUGGAGAAGUUCUUAAGAAACUAAACCCAUUCUUGGAAAGUGGAAAAAUAAAGCCAGUGAUUGAUCCUAAAGGGCCAUUCGCAUUUUCUCAGGUUGCUGAGGCUUUCUCCUAUAUUGAAACAGGCAGAGCUACUGGCAAGGUAGUUAUACAUCCAAUUCCCUGAAAAUGCAGAAAAUAGGACCUUUUUGUAAUGCGUAUCUCCUAACUUGUAUCAAAGUGUUAGAAUCAAUAUGUGGAUGUAUAAAUACAUUUUAUGAGGUUUAAAUUGAAAUUUUGAGUGCUCACAUGCAUUAUCAGACA